AACAAUUAAUUUAGAACCCGCUUGAUACAUAUUAACAUAAUCUGACUGGGAAGUAUUAUGGAGUUUUCUUUUGAUACAAACCACAUAUUCACUGACAGGAUCACCAUUGUGGACCAAACUGUUUUUUCAGAAAGUCCUGAAUCAGACAUUUUGGCCCACAUAGGCACAGUCAUAGAUGAACUUGGAAGAGCCUCAGCAACAGCCCAAAAACUCAGAGCACCCGUAACAAGUGCUUCCAAACUGCAGUAUCAGAAGAAUCAGAUCUACAUUCUAAAUGAAAGAGAGAACAAUGGACAUGGUGUCAUUCUGGGAUUCCUCAAGGUCGGCUACAAGAAAUUAUUUCUCUUUGACAAAAUGGGUGUGUACAUAGAAGCAGAGCCACUGUGUGCUCUGGAUUUCUAUGUAGUGGAGAAGUUCCAGCGACAAGGCUAUGGAUUAGAGCUCUUUGAUUCUAUGUUGAAGCACAAUAAGUUGGAUCCAGUGCUGUUGGCUUAUGACAGACCCACACACCAAUUCCAGUCAUUCCUGACAAAACAUUAUGGCUUGAGAAGACGUAUUCCACAGGCCAAUAACUUCAUGGUGUUUGAAGGCUUCUUUCCCAACAGAACAGCUGCCCAAUUGAGAAAGGCUCCUCUAAAAAAGACAGACAGAAAGAUCAAAUCCUGCUCUUCAGUUGAGAGACAUGUUGUUCCUCCUCAUGCCAGCAAGGAAUUGGUAUCAUCCCCAGGGUCCCAUUCCAUCAGCAGGGCAUCCUCCCACAGCAGGGUGUCUCCUCAAGUGCCCACAGUUUCUGACUGUGGAGACAAGGACCAGAUCACACAGUCCCCUCUUUUGAAGGCCUACAGGGUGUUAUGCACCAGACAACAAGCUCCUGGUGCAAACUGCAGCCUGAACAGUCAGCAAAAGGAGAACAGAGAGACACACUUUAAUAGGAUGCUAAAGCCUGGAAGGGUGAGGAAGAUUCAGGGAGGUAGACUGUUCACAGUAUCUGGCAGGUGACAUGUUGGGCACCCAGAAACAAAUGUUAGAGAACAAGGCCGGUCGCAGACUGAAGAAAAGGACUGUUACAAUGCUCAGAGGGUGAAGCAGAAAUAGCCAUGGUGAGAGAAUUUCCAAAGUUGAUAAUGAUGACCUAAUUGCGUCCAGAAAAAUGUUCAACAAAUGACCUGAGGAGGUAUUCAGGUGUGUGGUACUUGGGACUAUGCUAACCAAACGCAGAACCUGGGCUUUAAGGGACUGAUACCAAGUCAAGACUUACAUCAGUGCACUACAUACAAUGCCUGGUUAAAUAAAUAUUCAGUCAUUUGGUUGGACUGCCUUUGGCUUCUAUUACAACACGCAUUCACCGUGGCAUUGUUCCAGUAAGCUUGUGCAAUGUCACGAGUGUGGGCAGUGCUGACUUUGGCGUUGUAUGGAUGUAAAAUGGAAAUUGGUAGAAAUGCGAAAGAUAUGUCGCUAAAUGAGUCGCUUCCACCCUGUCUCACAUGCCCUCACCGUCCUUUGAUCUGUAUCCAGGUUACAUGCAAUGGUUGUAAGAUGAGUUUGACUUUGCUUGGAUGAGAAAUGCAAGAGGUGUUAAAAAAGUCGCUUGAUAGGCUUCAAACACACUCACUAAGGGCACCAGUGUGUGCAGUAGCGACUUUGAUGUUGUUUUCCAGUCGAAAUCGCUAAAAAAGAGCUGCUUUUGAAA